AUGCAAACUUUUCACGGUCAACCUUAUGGACCCUAUCCGGCAGGUCAGUGUUAUCCGUGUUCGCCAGCCCCAGGCUAUUAUUGUCCACAGCCAUGUUAUCAUGAAAGACCAAGAUAUCCCGGAUGUUCCGGUUGGUUAAUGGCAUUAAUUGCGUUAUGUUGUGGAUGUUUUAUUGGAGAGCAUUUUGAUACAGAUUGUUGCUGUUGUUUUAUUCCAUGUCCACCGUGUCAUAGAUAUUAA